CCCCACUCAACCACCCUUCCUUGUAGACUUCCUUGACCUCCUCGAAUUUACAUGCACAGUGUUGCCAGGGUCGCAAGUCUCCAGGCCGGCGUUCAGUUUGCAGUCACCGGCCUCUGUUAGGUCCUGCGCCCAAUUGGAGUAACAGACCUUGCAGAGUUUCCUUACCCCGUCGUUUUCUGACAAGCCGGCCACAAAUGUCCGUCUACCCCACGUUCGACCAACCGCCCUCUUCGCUGUUUCUGUCUCAUACGACCACCGAUAUUCCCGCCGCUGUAGCUGCCACGCACUCGUUCAACCAUGCCUUGGAGGUGAUAAUACCCCUGGACUGUGACGGUACCGCAGCGAAACAGAUAGCCGCGGAGAUCUCGAGGACAUGCUCGGCGUUCUCGUACUACAAAGCAUCGUUGCCCCUUUCUCACUUCCUUGAUGAAACGUUCUUGAAAAAUUAUGUCCGGCAAGGCGGAUUCACAGCAUUACGAGUAAAUGCUCGCCUAGAUACGGACGAUGUGUUUGCCAUCCUUCCCACAGGCCACCUACUUCUGAGUUUGACGAAAGACACGUAUGAAUCGCUUGGGCUUGUGGGCAAGGCUUCUAAAAGCGGAGGAAGGCAUGUCGUCAAGAUAGACCUGUCGGACCCGUCAUUCAAGCCUGGGGAUAAGCACUACGAUCGAGUGAAGUGGUGUUUUUCGCAUACCAUCAAUCCCAGCAUGAAAUACGACUUUUACUUUUCUUUUGUGAACAUCACAACCAACCAAUCAAUAGACAUCAACCCCGCUCACUUUCCAGCGGGAAGCAAUCUCACGAAAUAUUCGACUGGAACCCGUCAACGCAUAUACAACGACACGACAAUGCCAGACAGCGCUUCCAUACAACUUCGCUCAUUUCAAAAGUCAUCAAAUAACCCAUCCGCAAAAGCGAGUUACUCGGCACUGGAACCCGCAGAACACGAAGAAUGGAAAUCACAUGCGCUGGAACUCAUAGAGUGGUUUGGCCUGCUGCUCUGUGACGACGAUGGGGAGGAUGACAAAGACACAGCGGAGGAUAUACCCGCCGACCCAUUCUAUUCCGUCUACACCAUCCCCGAGCCCACGCGGACAUCCUCCGUCAUCCGCAUCACCUCGAAGGGGUUCAUCUCGACAGAGCAGAUUACGAGUGUCCUGAAAACUAUCAGAACCGCCUUAUCUGCCUCCACAUCGACUCCAACGAUUCCAUGGGCACUUGUGGCAGCAUGGGGGUUCCGCGAUGCACCGGUAUCGUUCAGAAACGCUGAGCACGGGUAUGGCGAGAACGAUUGGAUGGUGCUGAUGAAGCGGAUGGAAGAAGGGUGUUUAUUGGCGCAGGCUCUGGGAGCGGGUGAUGCCUUCGUGGUAUAGGGGGCGAUCGACAGUAAAUGAGGGCGGGUGAGAUGCGUAUAUUGAGGCGGAGCAGAGGUAUGUUUUAGAUCUAGAU